AUGCGGCUUCUAAAGUACGAAGGAGAUGGCCGCCUUACGAUUACGAGCUUCAAAGACGAUGCGACACCCCAUUAUGCGAUACUUUCACACACCUGGGGGGCAGAUGCAGAGGUGACCUUCGCGGACCUUGCAAAAGGCAGCGGUAAGCAGAAGUCUGGCUACAAGAAGAUUCGCUUCUGUGGAGAGCAAGCACAGCAAGAUGGUCUGCAGUACUUCUGGGUGGACACAUGCUGCAUCGACAAAACAGACAAGGCUGAGCUCUCUUUGGCCAUCCGCUCCAUGUUUCGCUGGUACCAAGAUGCAGCGAAGUGCUACGUGUACCUAUCAGAUGUAUCGACAAAGAAGGGGGAAGCCGGCGGUUUGUCCACUGAGUUCACUUGGGAGCCAGCCUUCAGGUCAAGUCGUUGGUUCACGCGUGGCUGGACGCUCCAAGAGCUUCUUGCACCAAGCAUAGUCGAGUUCUUCUCUCAAGAGUGGGAGAAGCUUGGCGAUAAGAUAUCAUUAAAGUCACUACUCGGAAAAGUCACUGGUAUUCCAUACGAAGUGCUCGACGGAGCUCCUCUUUCCCGCUUCAGCGUUGAAGAGAGGCUGCGGUGGAAAGGUGACAGGGAGACCAAACGCGAAGAAGACGCAUGGUACUUGUUAGCGGGCAUUUUCGAUGUCGAGAUAGCGCCAGCUUACAGCGAAGGGGCGGCCAGCGCAUUCAAAUGUCUAAAAGACGAGAUUGACAAGCUCGAAACAUGCGUUCGAGACAUACGCCAUACGGAUCCGCGUCACGACAAGAAGCGCAUUGAAGACACAAAGGGAGGAUUGCUAGCAGACUUCUACCGCUGGGUUCUUGACAACAUUACUUUCCAGCAAUGGCGACAGAACCCGAACAGCCGACUGCUAUGGGUAAAAGGAGAUCCUGGUAAAGGCAAGACGAUGCUGCUCUGCGGCCUUAUCAACGAGCUGCAAAGUUCGAUGCCCUCAAGUGCCCUACUGUUGUACUUCUUCUGUCAAGCGACUGACGCGCGCAUUAACAGCGCCACGGCCGCGCUACGAGGGCUGUUGCACAUGCUCAAGCACGACUACGCUGGCAAAGCCUUGUUCAAAGAUGCGAAUGCCUGGGUAAUCUUGGCAGAGAUCUUCGAAGACAUGCUUAAAGAUCCACGCCUGCGCCCAACGUAUCUGAUUAUUGACGCGCUAGAUGAGUGCGUCUUUAAUCUAUCAAAACUGCUAGAUUUUGUCGCUAAGCAGUCGUCUGCGUCUUCUCGCGUCAAGUGGAUUGUAUCUAGUCGCAACUGGCUAGAUAUUAAAGCACAGCUAGAGCGGGCAGGUUAUAAAGUAAAGUUAAGCCUUAAGCUGAACGCAAACUUAGUUGCGGCUGCACUAGCGCAGGAAAAGCGAUACAAGGCAGAGGUAGCGUUGGUGUGCUAG